CGAGGCUCCAGCGAGCGCCGAGGAGCGGGAGGAGGAGGCAGGAGCGCAGAGCGCCGAGCCCCGCGCCGCCGCCGCCGCGCAAUCCGCCGCCAUCCGCCGCCCCCGCGCCCGGCCGCCGCCCGACCGCCAUCGCCCGGGCCCGUCGCUCGCGGACGCAGACCAGGCAAAUCGGGAGCGGUGUCGAGAAAAAUUUCCUUACUAGAUGACAUUUCAUCGCAAUGUCCGAUCGUUUGGGGCAAAUAACCCAGGGCAAGGAUGGGAAAAGCAAGUAUUCGACUCUCAGCCUGUUUGACAAGUAUAAGGGGAGAUCAGUAGGCUCGGUCAGAUCCUCAGUUAUUCCUAGACAUGGCUUACAGAGUCUCGGGAAAGUUGCCACAGCCCGGCGUAUGCCACCGCCUGCAAACCUGCCAAGCCUGAAAUCUGAAAACAAAGGAAACGACCCCAACAUCGUGAUAGUACCCAAGGACGGGACAGGAUGGGCCAACAAGCAGGACCAGCAAGACCCAAAGAGUUCCAGUGUGACAGCCUCUCAGCCGCCGGAGUCGCAGCCGCAGCCGGGUUUGCAGAAAUCUGUCUCCAAUUUGCAGAAACCGACACAGUCAAUCAGUCAGGAGAACACAAAUUCAGUGCCAGGUGGACCAAAGUCAUGGGCACAGCUGAGUGGAAAGCCAGUCGGACACGAAGGUGGUUUAAGGGGCUCAAGCCGACUGUUAUCCUUCUCUCCCGAGGAAUUUCCGACGCUGAAAGCAGCUGGAGGGCAGGACAAGGCUGGCAAAGAAAAGGGCGUCUUAGAUCUGUCGUAUGGGCCAGGACCAAGCCUCCGCCCUCAGAAUGUGACAAGCUGGCGGGAGGGUGGUGGGCGCAACAUCAUUUCUACCACGUCCCUGAAUGCCUCCCCAACAGAGCUGGGCAGCAGGAACUCCAGUUCGGGAGAUGGAGCCCCCUCCUCGGCAUGCAUCAGUGAAUCUAAGGACCCCUCUCUCCGCCCGGCCCAGCCCAUCCGCAAAGGGGCCUCACAGUUCAUGGGACAUACUUACCAGCCUCCCACAUACCAUGACAUGCUUCCUGCUUUUAUGUGUUCGCCACAGUCAUCAGAGAACCAGGGUACAGGGGAACGAAGCUCCUGCCCCCUUCCUCAGCUCCGACUGGAACCUCGGGUUCCUUUUAGGCAGUUCCAGAUGAAUGACCAAGAAGGGAAAGAAAGGCCAGGCCUGGCACGCCCAGUGCGCCCACUGAGGCAGCUGGUGGAGCGGGCACCACGGCCCACUAUCAUCAAUGCAGAAAACCUGAAGGGCCUGGAUGAUCUGGACACCGAUGCAGACGAUGGUUGGGCAGGCCUCCAUGAGGAAGUGGACUAUUCUGAGAAACUGAAGUUCAGUGAUGAUGAAGAUGAGGAGGAAGUUGUGAAGGAUGGGCGGUCAAAGUGGAACAGCUGGGACCCAAGGCGGCAGCGGGAGCUGUCACUGAGCUCUGCAGACAGUGCUGAUGCCAAGCGCACUCCAGAGGAAGGAAAGGACUGGGGAGAAGCAGCAAGUGUGACCCGUGUAGUCCGAAAGGUUCCAGAGCCUCCGCCUCCUUCCCGGAAGCUGCACAGCUGGCCAUCUGGCCCCGACUACCAGAAGCCCACAAUGGGCAGCAUAUUCCGACAACACUCUAUUGAGGACAAGGAGGACAAGCCACCCCCACGGCAGAAGUUCAUCCAGUCAGAGAUGUCAGAGGCUGUGGAGCGAGCCCGAAAGCGCAGGGAAGAGGAAGAGCGCCGGGCCCGCGAGGAGAGGCUGGCAGCUUGUGCAGCCAAACUCAAGCAACUGGACCAGAAGUGCAAGCAGGCCCAGAAGGCCAGUGAGGCCCCAAAGCCAGUAGAGAAGGAGGUCCCCCGAUCCCCUGGCACUGACAAGGUCUCCCCACAGGAGAACGGUCCUGUUGUCCGCAAAGGCUCUCCAGAAUUCCCCGUCCAAGAAACACCCACCAUGUUCUUAGAAGAGACACCUGCAAUGUCCCCUGCAGUGGAUCAGAGCAGCAGCAGCAGCAGUAGCAGCAUUGAGGAAGAAGUCAGGGAAGCUGGGUCCCCUGCACAGGAGUUCAAGUAUCAGAAGUCCCUUCCUCCUCGUUUCCAGCAGCAGCAGCAGCAGCAGCAGCAGCAGCAGGAGCAGCUAUACAAGAUGCAGCACUGGCAGCCUGUGUACCCCCCACCUUCUCACGCCCAGCGCACCUUCUACCCACACCACCCCCAGAUGCUGGGCUUCGACCCACGGUGGAUGAUGAUGCCCUCCUACAUGGACCCACGUAUCACACCUACUCGGACACCUGUGGACUUCUACCCUUCAGCCCUGCAUCCAUCAGGAUUGAUGAAGCCCAUGAUGCCCCCAGAGUCCCUCAGUGGGACUGGCUGUCGUUCUGAAGAUCAGAACUGUGUGCCCUCACUCCAAGAAAGAAAAAUGACCAGCAUCGACCCAGCUCCUGUGUGGAGCCCAGAGGGCUACAUGGCACUGCAGAGCAAAGGCUACUCACUGGCCGCUCCGAAGGCUGCUGACACUCUGGCCAUGGACAUGCACGCCAGGAAUGAAAGGUCUUACUCUGCCUCCCCCGGAAGGUCAGGGGGCAUAAAUGCCCAGCGCGAUCUCUUUGAGGAGAGAGGGGAGGAGUACUUGAGUGCUUUUGACAAGAAGGCCCAAGCAGACUUUGACAGCUGUAUCUCUUCUCAAAGAAUAGGCCAGGAGCUUUUAUUUCCACCCCAGGAAAAUGUUCAGGAGGUGGGUGCUCCUGGGGUUCGUACCCCAAACCUCAGGUGUUCCCCAUUGGAGCCCGACUUUGUCCCAACCGAGAAAAAGCCAGAGUAUGGCAGUUGGGAUGUUGGCCACCAGCCAAAGGCUGCUGACACAGCCAACAGUGUCGAGCAGGAGGCAGCCCGGGAGGAGCCAUCCUUCCAUGUUCCCUCCUGGGAGAAGGAAGGGAGCCCCAAGAAACAGCCAAACCCAGAGCCUGAGUGGACACCUGAGCCUCAGAUCCAGCACCAAGAGCAGCCAGGCAGGACCCGGAGGUCGGGCCCCAUCAAAAAACCUGUCCUCAAGGCCCUGAAGAUAGAAGAGAAGGAGAGGGCACUGGAGAGGGUCAGGCAGGGCCCGGGAGAGGAGAGCUCACAGCUGGCCAUGGACAAAGAGCCCAUGUGCAGGACAGAAGAGGAUGAAGAUGAAGAAAAUAACCCUGCUCUGGCCAAUGCCUCCUCCUCUGCCCUGGAGGACAAGGCUGCUGCCCGUGCAGGGUUUGGCCAUGAGGCCAGUAAGCUGGAUGAAGAUGCAAAGUCUGAUAAGACCUGGGAAAGCAGACCCUCAAGGGAGGCCAGUGACAUUCCUCCAACCAAGAGAAACAACUGGAUCUUCAUUGAUGAGGAGCAGGCCUUUGGGGGCCGGGGCCAGGCCCGCAGCCGUGGCCGUGGUUUCAGAGAGUUCACCUUCCGAGGCGGCCGCCCUUCAGGCAGUAACACAAGUGGUCUGUGUGGCACAGGUGUCCUUGGGGCUCGAAGCAUGUACAGUGGUGGCCAGCGCAGUAGCCGAGGCAGGGGCUUUCGUGAUUUCCCCCUGCCAGAAGACUACCCCAGAGUCAAGCCUCGGCGCCGCAUCGCCAGUGAGACCCACAGCGAGGGCUCUGAGUAUGAAGAGCUGCCCAAGCGGCGCCGUCAGCGGGGCUCAGAGCCGGGCCACGAGGGCAUGCUCCUGGAAAGUGAUGAGGGUGCCCUGAAAAAGGACUCUUGGCGCUCCAACAGGACCUACACGGAGGACCAGGUUGGCCUAGACUCCCGUAGCCGGGGAUCCCGGGGCUGUGGGAGAGCCCUCCCACCUCGCCUAAGCAACUGCAGCUAUGGCCGCAGAUCCUUUGUUGCCAAAGAGUCUCCCCACUGGCUGAGCAGGAGCCCAGGCAGCUCCUGGCAGGAAUAUGGCCCCUCUGACCCAUGUGGCCCUCGGAGAACCACUGACAGAGACUAUAUCCCAGAAUCCUACCGACACAAUGACACAUUUGGCAGCAGGGUCUUUGAGGACAGCCGCAUGGAAGACAAGAGGUCCUUUUUCCAAGACGACCACGGGGCAGAUUCUGAAAAUGCAGAGAACAGGCCCUUCCGUCGGAGACGGCCCCCACGUCAAGACAAACCCCCUCGCUUCCGGCGCCUCCGUCAAGAGCGGGAGUCCCUGGGCCUGUGGGGACCUGAGGAGGAGUCCCACCUGCUGGCAAGUCAAUGGCCAGGCCGGUCCAAACUCUGUCCUGGGGACAAGAGUGGUCCUGGAGGUCACAGGUCCCCAGAGCUCUCCUACCAGAAUUCUUCCGAUCAUGCCAACGAAGAGUGGGAGACUGCCUCUGAGAGCAGUGACUUCAGCGAGCGCAGGGAGCGGCGAGAAGGCCUUGCGUCUGAGCCUGAAGCACAAGGGGAUGGUGGCCUGUCAGGGGCCAGUUUGGGUGAGAAGAAGGAGCUGGCCAAGCGGAGCUUCUCCAGCCAGAGGCCCCUGGCUGACAGACAGAGCCGCAAGCUGGAGCCGGGAGGGUUUGGGGAGAAGUCUGUUAGGCCAGGUGGGGGCGAGACUUCCCCCCGCUGCGAGAGCCAGCACAGUGGGACGCCUCUGAAAGUCAAAAGGUCUCCAAAUGAGGCCUUGCCUGGUGGCCUUGGUUGCAGUAAUGGAAGCCACUCAUCCUAUGCCCUGGAGCGGACCACUCAUGCCAGCUCUGACAGUCCUGAAACCACCAGUAAGAAAGCAGAGAAGGAGGCUGCCUUGGCUGCCCAGAGGGCUGGUGAGCAGAAGGAAGAGGCCCGGAAGCAGUUUGACCUGGGAUAUGGAAAUGCCAUCAUCGAUAACUGUGGGUCCAGCCCUGGGGAGGAGAGUGAAGUGAGCUCCAUGGUGGGCGAAGGCUUCAUUGAAGUCCUGACCAAGAAGCAGCGCCGCCUGCUGGAGGAGGAGAGAAGAAAGAAGGAACAGGCUGCUCAGGUGCCUGUCAAAGGUCGAGGCCUUUCAUCACGUAUUCCUCCUCGGUUUGCUAAAAAGCAGAACAGCCUCUGUCUGGAGCAAGGCGACGUGGCUGUGCCUGGGAGCAGUCUGGGCACUGAGAUCUGGGAGAGUGGCAGCCAAGCCCUCCCUGUGCAAGGCGCAGCCAGCGACUCAUGGAGGAAAGCUGUCACUGCCUUCAGCAGUACUGAGCCUGGCACCUCAGAGCAGGGUUUUAAGAGCAGCCAGGGAGAUAGUGGCGUUGACUUGAGUGCUGAGUCUCGGGAGUCAUCUGCGACCUCCUCACAGCGCAGUUCCCCGUAUGGAACUCUUAAGCCAGAGGAGAUGAGUGGACCUGGCCUGGUGGAAUCCAAGGCUGACAGCCACAAGGACCAAGCUCAGAAGCAGUCUGAGCACAAGCCUCUCUGCUUUCCCACCAAGGACUCAGAUCAAAGCCCUGGACAGAGCAAGGAGCACAGACCGGGACCCAUCGGCAAUGAACGCUCCCUGAAAAACAGAAAGGGCUCAGAGGGGGCUGAGCGGCUGCAAGGGGCUGUCGUCCCACCUGUUAAUGGGGUGGAGAUUCAUGUGGAUUCCGUGCUGCCUGUACCACCCAUUGAGUUUGGAGUCAAUCCAAAAGACUCUGAUUUCAGCCUGCCACCUGGUUCUGCUUCUGGGCCUGUAGGGAAUCCAGUUGCCAAGCUUCAGGAUGUCUUGGCUAGUAAUGCAGGACUGACACAGAGUAUUCCCAUCCUUCGGCGGGAUCACCACAUCCAGAGAGCCAUCGGCCUGUCCCCCAUGUCUUUCCCCACUGCAGACCUCACAUUGAAGAUGGAGUCUGCGCGAAAGGCUUGGGAAAACUCCCCCAGUUUGCCAGAGCAGAGCUCUCCAGGAGGUGCAGGCUCGGCCAUCCAGCCUCCAUCCUCUGUGGGCGCCUCCAACGGGGUCAACUACAGCUCCUUUGGUGGAGUGUCCAUGCCACCCAUGCCUGUGGCUUCUGUAGCGCCUUCUGCUUCGAUGCCAGGCAACCACCUCCCGCCUCUGUACCUGGAUGGCCAUGUAUUUGCAAGUCAGCCCCGACUGGUUCCUCAAACAAUACCUCAGCAGCAGAGUUACCAGCAGGCUGCCACUGCCCAGCAGAUCCCGAUCUCCCUCCACACAUCUCUGCAGGCCCAGGCGCAGCUUGGUCUGAGGGGUGGGCUCCCGGUCUCCCAGUCCCAGGAAAUCUUCAGCUCCUUGCAGCCUUUCAGGUCUCAGGUGUACAUGCACCCCAGCCUGUCACCGCCCAGCACUAUGAUCCUCUCUGGGGGCACGGCCUUGAAACCCCCGUACUCAGCGUUUCCUGGCAUACAGCCCUUGGAGAUGGUGAAACCACAGUCUGGCUCACCCUACCAGCCCAUGAGUGGAAAUCAGGCCCUGGUCUAUGAGGGCCAGCUUGGCCAGGCUGCCGGGUUGGGCACCUCCCAGAUGCUGGAUUCCCAGCUUCCACAGCUCACUAUGCCGCUGCCUCGGUAUGGGUCUGGGCAGCAGCCACUGAUCCUGCCGCAGUCCAUUCAGCUGCCUCCGGGACAGAGUCUCUCUGUUGGGGCCCCCAGAAGGAUUCCUCCACCUGGAUCCCAACCACCAGUCAUGAACACCAGCAGAGAGUCCGCUCAGCUGGAGCUGAAAGGCUUCCACUUUGCCGACAGUAAACAGAAUGUUCCUACCGGAGGCUCCGCACCAUCCCCACAGGCCUACAGGCCUAGCUCUGCUAGCCCCAGUGGGAAGCCCUCUGGAUCAGCAGUUAACAUGGGCUCUGUGCAGGGACACUACGUUCAACAGGCAAAGCGAGUGGAUGAAAAACCCAGCCUGGGAACCGUGAAGCUGCAGGAGGCCUCCUCAGCCACUUCCCAGAUGAAGCGAACCGGAGCAAUCAAGCCUCGGGCAGUCAAGGUGGAGGAGAGUAAAGCCUGAAGGGAGGAGAGUCAAGCCUGAAGGUGCCCGGCAUCUUUUGCCUCACCCUAACAGGGAUGGUGCACCACCGCCAGCCUGGACAGCCACCACCUGGGACCUUGCCAGAUCCACCAUCCCACUGUCCUGCCACUUGGCCUGGACAGAACUCUCUUCUGCUCCCGAAAGCUCCUGAAAGUUCCAUCGUCAGCCAGCCCACAUCGUAGAUACAUGGCAUUGACCUGCUUGCUUUGGUACAAAAGAGCAGACUCCCUCCUUCCUGCCCCUCUGCCCAGUGACUGUGGAGUGAGUCUCCUGUGCAGUGCAGACCCGCCCACCCGCCCGCCCCAUUCCCCAGGCACAGUGGUUUGGCAGCAGGGUCACUGUAGCUGGAGGCUUUUUGUUUUAAAAAGCAGCUAUGGUUUUUACAAAGGGGAAAGGAGAACAAAAUGCUAGCUACGUCUGUAUAGCUGAACUUUUAUACGUUCCUUGCUGUCCUCUCACUGCUCUGCUGUCCCCAGUGGUCUCCUUUUACCUGUCCUGUUUGACAUGUCACAGCACUACCUUAAGAGGUGACUCUUAAGAGUGCCCCCCCACACACACACAGUUGGCUAACCUUUGAAAUUAUUGAGGAUAUGACUACACCACAGUGGCCCCUCACUACCUUGGGCACCGUUAGGUUAGUAUCUGAGUUAAGUUCCAGCCUCCAACCUGGAGUUAAUGUUUCAGCAUAAGAACUACUAUUUGUUCUGGACCCUUCUGAAAUCAGUGGACAGGCCAAGUAUUGGGCACCAGAGAGGAAUUGUGGAGUUAGUCAACAUUGUUUUCCAGAUUGGCAGAAGUGUCCAAGUCACAGGCCCCACUUGGAGACUGCAUUUGAGGCUCUGUGCCUUGACCUCUGGAUGGCUGUGUUCCCCCACUCAUUCCCUUUCCUCUUCCUGCUGUGUCCCUGUCCAUCCACCCCUCACAGCUUAUCACCAAAAUCAGGACAAAGACGUAGAUGGGCACCUGUUAAAGUUUGCAACAGGAAAGGCUAUGGGACAUUUCCUUAUGUCCUUCACUUCUAGCAACAGAGCAGGAUGCUGGCAGUUGGUCGCCAAGUUGCCUGUCCUUAGACAAUUGGGCAGGCAGAGAAGCCUAAGUAGCCUCCUUCCCUAAGAGGAUGGUUUCUUGUUUCUUGACUGGUUUUGUGUGAACUCCUGUAUGCUGAGCUUCUUGCUUUCACUGAGAACAAGGCAAUCUUCCCGAUGCCCACCAAAGGAAAGUGAAGGGGGAAUGUCACUCUGCUCAGAUGCUCUUCAGGAUUGCCCAGGUCAUCACCCACUUGGGGAUGCUGGGGACAACCACCUGCCUCAGUUGUGCUCACAGUUGGUGGCAGGGCUGGGACAAGUCAUCUAUCCUAGUUAGCAUGGAUGUGAGAGCAGAGAAGCAUCUUAGAAGCUCUGCAAUGGCUUCACACUGCCUUGUUACUUGUUAGAAGGAAGCAAAAGUCAGCUUCCCCCAGUAAGUAAUGCCACUGUCCCCAGGCUUGCCUGGACAGGGCAGUCUUAGGAAAAGCUUCACUGCAUCUCUAGUCUCAGCCACUCUCCCUCCUUGCCUGUGCUCCAACUUCAUUCAUGUCUUUGUCCCAUCUCUUCUGCAUCCCUCAUCAGAAGCACUGCCCACUUAGAGCCCCUCAUCUGCUGUCCACUCACCCUGGAAGUGUCUGGUUACUGUCCCAGUGAUUGAGUCCUCUGCCCCGCUGCCAAGUCUCGGUAAAAAGCCAGAGUCACCUCUGCCUGUCCUUAGAAAUGUGGCCACUCACAUCACCUGAUGCUGGUGGACAUUGUGUGUCUAAAGAAGCGUUUUCUCCUUCAGAAUUUCAGGCCAGGUUGCUGUGCCCUUUUUAGGUAGCCUGCUGUCAGAAUGGCAGUACUUGCUGUUUGAGAAGAAAAAUUAGGAGGUUGCCUGUUUUCAGUCCUUUCUAUCACCCUGUAUAUCCCUCCUGCCUCCCACCCCAAAUAAAGACAAGAAACACUAGAAUUUAUUUAUAUGUAUUGAUGUUGUAGGUCUAGGAAGAAAAAAAAGUAAAUGUCCCACUGCUCUGUUUAAUGUCUGAAUUACUGUGCAGGAAAGGCCAGGAAAUUGCAUGUGAAAUUUGGUGUGCUCGCCACCUCUGUAACCUCAGCUGUGGUCUCUUCCCCUCUGAGGUGCACAUUUGCAAUUAGAUCCUGGGGACAGAGGGCAGGCUUCAGGCCUCUAAAUGUCCCUGGCCCUCGUGUGAUCUAUCUGGUCAAGCCAAGUUUUUAGUGCAGAGACAUUAUAAGGUGCAAUAUCUCUUCAUGUGGUUUUUAGAGCCAAGCUCAUGGUAUAAUAGGACUUGGGGUCUUAUUUUGGUUUCAAACCCUCAUCUUCAGAUCAUAGAUAAAAACAUCAGAGCUCUGUCAAGAUGCUGUGGCCUUUAAUGGGAGCAGGCAAAACCCAGCACUUGCCUUUGCUACUGCUGAGAUACAUGGAGGUGAGGCAGAAUUGUUUACUUCUGCCUGGUAAAGUCACCUAAUACUGGUGGCUUUGUUGGGGCCACUGAUGGAGUGAUCCAUGGCUUGCCAACCAUGAAUUUUUCAGUCCUGUUGGUCCUGGUGGUCCGUUCAGCAUGUGACAAGUAUCAACUGAAGGCUGCUACCAGCUGCCUUUAGUCUGGUCCAACAGUUGCUUUCCUUGUUUAUUCCCAAGUUUACCAUUUUCAAAAUCAGAGUUCACACAACACUUCUGGGCAUAGAUUGUUUAAGGGGGAAAACAAAGGAUGAUUGCAUUACACAUUCUGAAAAGCUGGUUCAGUUCUAAAGCCAUGGUCGCUCUGCUGCUGCUAGAGAUACUAGGACAAUGUGUCAAUUUCAACAUUGGUCUCCUGUCUUCUGGAGUUACCUUCCAGAUGGGCAGUGAUGAAGUUAUAAAUGAUUGAUACUCAGUCCAAGGCACAAGAGUGUGCCUGCUGAGGCCUUGAGGCAACUCUGGUUAAGCUUCCCCCCAUACCCUGGCAUCCAUUAGGUCCCCCUCUGCCAUGUAUUGAAGUACAUUUCGUCCUCAUUUCCAGCAAUGCAACCCCGGGUUAGAGGGCCCGUGAGGAUCGUACAACCAAGUGGACAUAAGUGUGUUUUCUGUUGUAUUCUUUCAUGAGUGGGAAAUCCAGACUUACAGAAAGCUAGCUCUCUUUGUGAGAUGGCUCUAACACAAGUUAGGUCAUCUGGAACAAAGUGGCUCAGUGUUGGGGAUGAGCACUGUCACCUAGCUGUGCUCUCCACCAGGCCCACCAGCUCCGGCUACUGACCUUCCAGGCAUGUGACACCUAUGACUGACCUGCUUCAGACCUGCAACAUCCCAAGGCCCCAUCUUUGGCAUGUCACAAUCCAGAGUAGCAGCUCCUGUGAAGGCUCUGGGCAAGGCUCCUCACUUGUUGAAAGGAGUCCUGUGCCCUCAGUUUUCAACCUCAUACCUUUUGAGGAAAAGGGUUGGGGGGGGGGUGCUCUUUUUGAGGGCCCUUUUUUUUUUUUUUUUUUGGCCUUUCCUGUCUUUUCGCUUAGACCAGAUAUUUGAAAGGGCAGACGAUGCUAAAGGUGUACUGUGCAGCUUGUUUAGACGUGAUUUGGGGAACCUCUUACCUCGGAUGGGAAAUGGAACCGUGAAUUCACCCUCACCGUCCCUUCCCUCCGAUUCAGUCCCUGUUGUUUCUCCUUUCAAAUAUGUGAUUGUACUAGCUCUUUCCGUAUGAAAGAACUCUCCUUAUUUAAAUAAAAAAAAGUAUAAAAAAAAAUAAAGCCAAACAUGCUUUCUCAGGCU